GCUGCGCUCACAUGUGGACGGGAUGUGAACACUGACGGGAACGUGCUUAUGUGUUGUGAUCCAUCCUGAGACAGACGAGCGGGUGAUGAACGCCGUUCUUUGGGGGAUAAAUCACAGAUUCACGCGUUAAUUCGGUGGUUCUAUUCGCUGUAGAGAUUCCCCUCUACGAACGACAGAUGCGACUAUGGAGAAUCUAGAACUGAGCCUGUCAUCAUUGGGCAUCAUAUCGCGGCACGUUGACAAAAGUCACAACGAACUCAGCCAGUAUUUGGCCAAACAGAUAUGGAGCCAGCAGGACAGGCAAUGCAUCCUGGGCUGCCUGGCCCAGCUGCUGCUGGAGAGGGACUACACCCUGCUGAUCGCCCGCCACCUCCGCCCGCUGGUGUUAGACCUGCUGGAGAGGAACGCCGAGAGGGUGAAGGCAGGCGGCCGCAUCCACCAUGACCUCCACGAGCGCCUCUGUGUGGCCCUCAGCAAGCUGCUGGGCAUCCACCCCGACGUCCAGGCGUUCGCGGCGCGGUACUUCGCCGGGGCCCCGCCCGUGUUCCAGCGGCUGUUCUUCAGCAGCGAGGAGUCGUCGGCCGUGCAGUACGGCCCGCGCCGCAUGAAGCUGCGCGACCUCAUGGCCGCCACGCUGCGCUUCCUGCACAGCGACGGCGCCAAGUUCCGCGUGCUGUGGGACUGGAGCCCCUGUGUGUCCCAGCUGCUGACCAGCGACGUCAUGGUCCGAGGGUCCACGGCCCACUGCCUGGCGCUGGUCUCUCGCAUGACGGACAACCAGAAGACCAUCUUCCUGCGGAAGGUGCUCUCCAACGACGAGAUCAUGCACAUGAAGAUAAAGGCUUUGGAGGAAACCCAGCAGCUGGAGGUGGAGAAGGCGCUGGUCUUGGCCAAUCAGGGCUCAGCGAUGUGGCGACAGGAGAAGGCCAACAAGUACACCCGGGGUCAGGUGGUGUCAGAGGACCUAUCACAGAACGUCGUGGCGGUCUGCGGAGUGGUGCUGCCCCGGACCUCGCCCAGACAGACGGACCAGGUGAACCCCAGGGAGCUGGUGCUGGUGGACUCCACCUGCAGGAACCUGCGGCGGCUGGCGCUGGCCGUGGCGUCCCAGAAGGCCGUGCUGCUGGAGGGGCCCAUCGGCUGCGGCAAGACGGCGCUGGUGGAGUUCAUGGCGGCGGUCACCGGCCACACCAAGGCCUCGGAGAUCCUCAAGGUCCAGCUGGGAGACCAGACCGACAGCAAGAUGCUGCUGGGUAUGUACCGCUGUACCGACAUCCCGGGGAAGUUCGUGUGGCAGCCGGGGACCCUGACCCAGGCCGUGGCCCGUGGCCAGUGGAUCCUGUUGGAGGACAUCGACCACGCCCCCCUGGACGUGAUCUCUGUACUGCUGCCUCUGAUGGAGAACAAGAAGCUGACCAUCCCCGGGAGAGAGGACUGCAUCGACGUCGCUCCCGGCUUCCAGUUCUUCGCCACCAGAAGGAUGUACUACAGCGGGGGCAGCUGGUACCGGCCCCAGUCCAGCCACGCCGCCCUGCUGGACAAGUACUGGACCAAGGUGCCGGUGGGCAACAUGCCCCGCGAGGAGCUGAAGAAGGUGCUGACCUCCAGGUACUCCGGCCUCGCGGUGGUGGCGGACCGCCUGCUGGACAUCUACUGCCAGCUGACCGGGGAGCGCCACGCCGACGUGGACCCCGUCCGGCCCGGGAGCCCCGCCGCGCCCCUGGAGGACGGCCCCCCGCAGACCCGGACCGAGGACCGGACCUCGGCGCUGGAGGGGCGGGCCCUGUCGCUACGGGACCUCCUGAAGUGGUGCGAGAGGAUCAGCAGCGACUUCGACAGCUCCUCCUCUGCCACGGCUCAGCGCGUCUUCCAGGAGGCCCUGGACUGCUUCACGGCGAUGCUGUCCCGCUCGGACAGCCGGCUGCGGAUUGCCGAGGUCAUCGGGAGCAAGCUCAACAUCUCCAAAGAAAAGGCGCAGCAUUUCGUCCAGAUGUACCAGCCCGGGAUCUCCCUGGAGGAGCUGGAGGUGUCUGUGGGCCGCGUCACGCUGGAGCGUAAGCAGAGCCCCCUGGUGCAGCUCUCUGUGGAGAACCAGACGUUCGCGGCCACGCGCCCGUCGACGGUGCUGCUGGAGCAGCUGGCCGUGUGCGUGAACCAGGGGGAGCCGGUGCUGCUGGUGGGGGAGACGGGCACCGGGAAGACCUCCACCGUCCAGUACCUGGCCGGCAUCACAGGACACAAGCUGAGGGUGGUGAACAUGAACCAGCAGAGCGAUACCGCCGACCUGCUGGGAGGGUACAAGCCCGUGGACCACAAGCUGAUCCUGCUGCCGCUGCGCGAGGCCUUCGAGGACCUCUUCUCCCAGACCUACUCCCGCAAGCAGAACCUCACCUUCCUGGGCCACGUGCAGACCUGCUUCAGGGGCAAGCGCUGGCACGACCUGCUCAAGCUCAUGGACCACGUCUGCAAGUCGGCACUCACCAAAGAGCUGCAGGAGAAGUCCAACGCCGCCCUGCUCCAGGAGCAGUGGGAGGUCCUGGCCGUGAGGCUGACUCAGACCCAGCAGCAGAUCCGCGCCUGCGAGUCGGCCAUGGUCUUCGCCUUCGUCGAGGGGACUCUGGCCCAGGCGGUGAAGAAGGGAGAGUGGAUUCUUCUGGACGAGAUCAACCUGGCGGCUCCGGAGACCCUGGAGUGUCUGAGUGGGCUUCUGGAAGGAACCGCCGGGUCCCUGGUUCUGCUGGACCGCGGGGACACAGAGCCGCUGGUGCGACACCCUGACUUCAGACUGUUCGCCUGCAUGAACCCGGCCACCGACGUGGGCAAGAGGAACCUGCCCCUGGGCAUCAGGAACCGAUUUACUGAGGUCUACCUGGAGGAGCUGGAGAAUGAGGGAGAUCUUCGGAUCCUCGUGUGCGACUACCUGAAGGGACUGAACCCCCACCGCAACAUCACCCAAGGCAUCAUCAGCUUCUACCUGGCCAUCCGGCGGGAGGCCCAGAGCCGGCUGGUGGACGGGACGGGCCACCGGCCCCACUACAGCCUCCGGACCCUCUGCCGGGCCCUCAAAUACGUGGCCCUCAACCCCUGUCACAACAUGCAGCGCUCCCUGUACGAGGGCUUCUGUCUGAGCUUCCUGACCCAGCUGGACCGCAGCUCCCACCCCCAGGUCCAGAAGCUGGUGUCUCAGUACGUCCUGGGGGGCAACACCAAGUGUCUCAGACAGCCCAUCCCGGAGCCAACGGGCCGGACCUGCGUGCCCCUGGAGGGGUACUGGGUGUCCCAGGGGGAGAUGGAGCCCUCCCUCGACCCCACCUACAUCCUCACCGACUCUGUCAAACUCAACCUGCGGGACCUGGUCAGAGUGGUGUCUGCUGGGAGUCACCCGGUCCUGAUCCAGGGGGAGACCUCGGUGGGUAAGACCAGCCUGAUCCGCUGGCUGGGCCUGGCCACGGGGAACCAGUGCGUCCGCAUCAACAACCACGAGCACACGGACAUCCAGGAGUACAUCGGCUGCUACUCCUCCGACGACAAGGGGAAGCUGCUCUUCAAAGAGGGAGUUCUGAUCGACGCCAUGAGGAAGGGCUACUGGAUCAUCCUGGAUGAGCUGAACCUGGCCCCCACCGACGUGCUGGAGGCCCUCAACCGCCUGCUGGACGACAACCGUGAGCUCUUCGUGGCGGAGACCCAGGAGGUCAUCAAGGCCCACCCCCGCUUCAUGCUCUUCGCUACCCAGAAUCCCCCGGGGCUCUACGGCGGCAGGAAGGUUCUGUCCCGGGCCUUCCGGAACCGAUUUGUGGAGCUCCACUUUGACGAGUUGCCUAGCAACGAGCUGGAGAUCAUCCUCCACCAGAGAUGCAGCCUGCCUCCGUCCUACUGCUCCAAGCUGGUGAAGGUCAUGCAGGACCUCCAGUCUCUGCGUCGCGGCUCCUCUGUGUUCGCGGGGAAGCACGGCUUCAUCACGCUGAGGGACCUGUUCCGCUGGGCCGACCGCUAUAGGCUGGAGGAGCAGACCGACGAGUCGCGCGAUUGGCUGCAGCAUUUGGCCGACGAUGGCUUCAUGCUGCUGGCUGGCCGUGUAAGGAAGCCCGAGGAGGAAGCGACCAUCCUGUCCAUCCUGGAGAAGCACUUCAAGAGGACCGUCAACCCAGACACCCUGUUCUCCCAGAAGCAGGUCACCGGACAGUUCAGUCCGUUCAUCGACAGCAUCGCGGGGGUCCCGGAGGAGUUCCGCCACGUGGUGUGGACGGCGGGCAUGCGGCGGCUGGCCGUGCUGGUGGGCCGCGCCCUGCACUUCGGGGAGUCGGUCCUGCUGGUGGGGGACACCGGAUGUGGUAAGACCACCAUCUGCCAGCUGUUCGCUGCGCUCGCGGCCCAGAAGUUCUUCUCCCUCAACUGUCACCUCCACAUGGAGACGUCCGACUUCCUGGGGGGGCUGCGGCCCGUAAGACACACCAACCAGAGGGAUGCGGAGGACGGCCGUCUGUUCGAGUGGCACGACGGCCCGCUGGUCCAGGCCAUGAAGCAGGGAGGAGUGUUCCUAUUGGACGAGAUCUCCCUCGCAGACGACUCGGUGCUGGAGAGGCUCAACAGUGUCCUGGAGACGGAGCGCUCCCUGGUGCUGGCGGAGAAGGGCAGCGGGGACUCCAGCGACGUGGAGCUCAUCACGGCCGACCGCGCCUUCCGCAUGGUGGCCACCAUGAACCCCGGGGGCGACUUCGGCAAGAAGGAGCUGUCCCCGGCCCUCAGGAACCGCUUCACAGAGAUCUGGUGUCCCCAGAGCAACAGCCGGGCCGACCUGCUGCAGAUCGUCCAGCACAACCUGCGGGCCGGACUCUCCCUGGAAGGCGGGGACCUGGGCGAGCUGAUGCUGGACUUCAUCGACUGGCUGACCCGCCAGGACUUCGGGCGGCGCUGCAUCCUGAGCGUGCGGGACGUCCUGUCCUGGGUGCACUUCCUGAACACGGUGUGCGAGCGCGACGAGGACGGCUUCAUGACCAUGGGCGCCGCGGAGGACGACGAGGAGGUGGAGUGGGACCUGCGGCUCGACAUGGUCACCGCCUUCAUCCACGCCGCCUGCCUGGUGUACGUGGACGGCCUGGGCUCAGGCACCACGGUGGGCUGUGCGGACCAGGCCGCUCUGGCGCGGCGGUCCUGCCUGGGCUUCCUGCGGCGGCGGCUGGGGAAGAUGAGCGCGCUGGACCAGGAGGCUCUGGACGCGCUGCGGGUCUACGACACCGGCCUGCCCCGCCAGCCCCAGUGGGGGGACGACUUCUUCGGCAUCGAGCCCUUCUACAUCGCCCUAGGUCCUCAGAGCGAGGGCCGCAGCCUGGCGGACUACGCCAUGGGGGCGGGCACCACGGCGGUCAACGCCCAGCGGCUCCUGAGGGCCCUGAAGCUGCAGCGGCCCGUGCUGCUGGAGGGCUCCCCCGGCGUGGGCAAGACCAGCCUGGUGGGGGCGCUGGCCCAGGCCUCGGGGAACCACCUGGUCCGGAUCAACCUAUCAGAGCAGACCGAUGUGACCGACCUGUUCGGGACGGACCUCCCGGUGGAGGGGGGGAAGGGGGGGGAGUUCGCCUGGAGGGACGGACCCCUGCUGGCCGCCCUGAAGGCCGGACACUGGAUCGUCCUGGACGAGCUGAACCUGGCCUCCCAGUCGGUCCUGGAGGGCCUGAACGCCUGCUUCGACCACCGGGCUGAGAUCUACAUCCCCGAGCUGGGGAUGAGCUUCCAGGUCCAGCACCACAAGACGCGCAUCUUCGGCUGCCAGAACCCCUUCACCCAGGGGGGCGGGCGCAAGGGGCUGCCCAAGUCCUUCCUCAACCGCUUCACACAGGUGUUCGUGGACCAGCUGACCAGCGGAGACAUGGAGUUCAUCGGAGACGCCAUCUUCCCCAACAUCGACAAGGAGAUCAUCUCCAAGAUGGUGGAGUUCAGCCACACGCUGGUACAGGAAGUGAGCGUGGAGAGGAAGUGGGGUCAGAGAGGGGGCCCCUGGGAGUUCAACCUGCGCGACAUGUUCCGCUGGUGUCAGCUGAUGCAGGCCGACCAAUCGCCAGGCUUCUUCAACCCGGGGCAGCACGUGGGUCUGGUCUACGCCGACCGCAUGCGGUCCGAGGCCGACAAGGCACAGGUGCUGUGUGUGUUCAGGAAGGUGUUCGGGGCAGACUUCGAGCCGUACGCCCGGUCCAGAGAGUUCCACAUCACCCCCCUCAACCUGCAGGUGGGCUUCUCGGUCCUCCAGCGCAGCGGGGGGGCCCCGGCCACCCUGGACCCGCCCCUGUCCAUCACGCACCAGGCGCUGCGGCCCCUGGAGUCCCUGAUGAAGUGCGUGGAGAUGGGCUGGAUGUCGGUGCUGGUCGGGCCCACCGCCAGCGGCAAGACCAGCCUGGUGCGGCUGCUGGCCCUGCUCACCGGCCACCGGCUGCGCGUCAUGGCCAUGAACAGCGCCAUGGACACCACCGAGCUGCUGGGCGGCUUCGAGCAGGUGGACAUCAUGCGGCCGUGGCAGCAGGUGCUGGAGAACGUGGACUACGUGGUUGCCAUGGUGACGCGGCGGGGCCUGAUGUCGCUGGACGUGGGCGUGCAGGACACGGAGUUCCUGCUGAAGACCUGGGGGCUGUUCCGCCGCUGGCUGAAGGAGGCGGGGCUGGAGCGCUCCGGGGGCGUGGUCACGACGGAGGCCCUCAACAAGCUGGAGGUCAUCAUCCUGCUGCUGCAGAAGCUCAACACCAAGCUCAAGGUCUUCACAGACAUGUCCAAGCUGCAGAUGGAGUUCACGCUGCUGAAGGAGCGGCUGGCCCAGCUGGAGGACGGCUGGACCAACGGGGGCUUCGAGUGGCUGGACGGCAUGCUGGUGCAGGCGCUCACCGCCGGGGACUGGCUGCUCAUGGACAACGUCAACUUCUGCAGCCCGUCGGUGCUGGACCGCCUCAACGCUCUGCUGGAGCCCGGCGGCUGUCUGACCAUCAACGAGAGGGGCGUCAUCGACGGGACCACGCCCAAGGUCACGCCCCACCCCAACUUCAGGUUGUUCCUCACCAUGGACCCGUCCCACGGGGAGAUCUCUCGGGCCAUGAGGAACCGGGGGGUGGAGAUCUACGUCCCGGGGGAGCACGAGGGCGUCUGCUGGGACCUGCUGGACAUCAAGAGCCUGCUGCACACGGCCGGGGUGGUGGGCGACUGCGUGUGCGACCUGCUGCUGGAGAUCCACAAGGGCAUCAAGACCGCCAUCUGGGACUCCCCGACCUCCUCGGUGGCCACGCUGCUCUCCGGCGCCGCCCUGCUGGGCAGCCAGCUGCAGCGCGGCGUGGACCUGCCCAGCGCCCUGCAGUACGCCUGCGGAGCCGCCUACUCCCUCUGCCAGCGCAGCCCGGCCAGCCAGAGGCUGGCCCAGCAGGUGAUAGAGCAGCACCUGGCCAUCCUGGACUCGGAGGACUGGGGGGCGGGGCUGCUGUGUGCGGGGGUGUGGCCCGACGGCUUCCCCUCGGCGCUCAGCUCCACGGAGGACGCCUGCUUCUCCGCCGUGCUCCGCGACGGGCAGGUGCUCUCCUUCUGCCUCAACACCCUCAGCCUGCAGGGCAAACGGACGCGGCCGCUGAGCCUGAGCGACCUGCAGAGGGCGCUGCAGGGCGGGGCGGCGGGGGGCGGGGCCUUCGAGGGCCAGGUGUUCUGCGGGGGCGUGGUGGACCUGGAGGACGGCGACGCCCUGCGGCUCAUCCCCAGCGCCGUGCGGCUGCUCACAGAGCGCGCCUCGCACGGGGACUGGGCACUGCGCUCCAACUGGCUCACCCACCUGGGGAAGCACUACAAACACGCCCCCGACCCCGCCCUGGUACAGGUGGAGGCGGGGAACCGCGCCCUGAAGGCGGUGUUCAGCAGCAAGCUGACGGCCAAGGGGCGGUCCCUGGCCGAGCUGCUGCAGCCUCACAGCACAGACGAGUACCGCAUCCUGGUGGACAUGCGCUGGAACAAGCAGUACCUGGACAUCCUGGCCAACAAGUGUAACUUUGAGGACGAGGAGCGCUACCUGGAGUUCCUGGAGGCGCUCAACGCUGUGGCCAACAGGGUGGUCCUGUUGAUGGACCGGGAGGAGCGGUCGGUCAUCUGCACCUGCGCCAUCAGCCUCUCAGCCCAGAACUGUGCCCUGAGGAUCGCCACGGCCUUCAGUAAAGGCUCGGUGGACAUCGGCCACCUGCCCCACCCCGUCCUCAUGCACCUGCGGACGUUCUUCGACCUCUGGGACGUCUUCACGCUGCAGGCCAUCCAGACCGGACAGCCCUACAUCUCAGACCACAUCAUGUUUGAGAUCCUGCAGCAGCUCCAGUGGCGGGACCGGUUCUGGGACGUGUGCAACACGCUGGCGGCGGACUCCCAGGGCGUGUCGGUGCUGUCGCUGCACUGGCAGUGGAUCCACAAGCACCUCAUCCUGCGGCUGCCCCAGCUGCUGCUGGGGGACGGCCUGAACGACUUCCAGGGUCUCCAGGAGCUGAACACGGUGGCCGCCGCCAUCCAGACGGUCCUCUCCACGCCCGUCUCCAUGACGACCGCCCUGAAGGGCAUCCAGAAGAUCCUGGGCAAAGCGCUGCCGUUCAAGCUGGAGUCGGUGGCGGACUGUGCGUCGCGCCUGCGGGUGCUGAGUCAGGCGCUGGACGUGAGCGAGCUGCGGCUGGACGGGGGCGCCCCCCUGCGGAGGUGUGAGCUGACCCGCCUGCAGGGGGCCUCGCUGGGCCUGGACACCAAGGAAAGCCUGCUGGAAGCCUGGGGCCUGGUGCUGCUGGCCAACAACCAGCUGGAGGCCCAGAACACCGGGGUGCUGGAUAAGCUCCACUCCUGCGUGGAGAAGCAGUACCGCCUCAUGUCGUCCCACGGGCUCCUGGAGGCGCGGCCGGAGGAGCUGGGCCUAGGAGGAGGAGGAGGAGGAGCAGCAGAGGGAGGCGACGCCCCUCCCAGCAGGCAGCUCCUGCAGCAGCUCCAGAGGAGGGCCCAGCUGUGGCCUCUGAUGGAGGAGCUGGCCGUCCUCAACCAGCUGAGGCUGAGCACCGACCUGCUGCAGCUGGCCCUGACUCAGGGGGAGCCGGAGGUGGAGGAGGGCCUCCGUCAGGAGCUGUCCCGGCACCUGAGGUUCUGCCUGCAGUCCACCCCCAUGAACCUGAGCCAGCUGCAGCCGCUGUGGUUCCUGCUCACCAGCGACCGGCCUGCGGAGGAGCUGCAGUUCGUGUGGUGUGAGCUGCUCUCCGAGGCCCUGGCCGCGCUGUGGAACAGCAGCGUGACCUCCGACCCCGACCGCUGGCUCAAGUGGAACCCUCUGAGUGCCGAGGUCCGCGAGCCAAUCAAACCGCACCGGGCCGACACCGUGGGCCCGGCGGCGCUGAGCAAGGCGGUGUGGUCCAGGUGCAUGCUGGGAGUGCUGAGCUGCGGCGAGCCGCGGCCGGGCUGGGACCCGUCGUGCGCGGCGCUGCUAGGCUCCUCCCACGUGUCGCUUGGCGAGUGGCGGGAGCGGCUGCAGCAGCUGACGGACGCCAACGCCGUCCUCUGGGACAACAUGGCGCUGCCCGCGCUCGCCGAGUUCAGAGCGGGGGACCUGCGUCUCCAGGGGGUGCUCCUGCGCCGCCAGCUGCAGAGCAUGGCGGACCUGCUGCCCCCCCCGCUGCUGGAGGGCUACAUGGAGAGCUGCGAGGGGCUGGUCCAGGAGGACCGGGACCCCCGCGGCCCCGCCCGGGACCUCCAGGCCGCCCUGCAGGACGCCCUGCCCCGCAGCCUGCUGCCCGAGGGCGUGGCCGAGGCCUGCCUGGCCUGCCUGGACCAGUACCUGCAGAGCCGGACCGGGGGGCCGGACCACACGGUCCAGUCCGGGGUCUUCUGGGUCAACAUGGGCCUGCUGCAGAUCCGGGUCUGGACCCCCCAGACCAUCUUCGACCCGGCCGUGAAGAGGGCCUACAAGCUGAACUACGCCCAGGAGGAGCUGGCCUUGCUGCAGGAGGAGUGGCGUGGGCGGAGUCUGUCCUCCCAGCUGCUGACAGGGGGGGCUCUGGAGGAGAGCAGCACCACCGACGGCUUCCAGCACCCCCGCAUCAGGUACCUGUGGAUCCGCAUGCAGCAGGUGAAGGAGCAGAUCGGCGAGCUGAGCAGGAAGCAGGCGUGCCGUCCCCGCGAGCCGCAGUACGGCCGUCUCUUCCAGGACCUGCAGCACUACCUGUGCAGCAUCGGGCAGCCCGCCGCCAUCCAGACGCUGCUGGGCCGCCUCCUGAAGGCGGCGGCGGCGGCGGCCGGCCCCGCCCCGGGCCGCGGCCGGCCGGGGUCGGCGGGGCUGCUGAAGGAGGAGGCGGUGUGGCAGAGCUCCCAGCGCCGCUUCGCCCAGCGGCUGCAGGAGGAGUACCCGCUCUACCCCGACGUGGUCGCCCCGCUGCGCUCCGGCAUCCAGGCGCUGCGCCACGGCAUGCGGCUGCUGGCGGCGCAGGUGGCGGCGGCGGCGGCGGCGGGCGUGGCCCCGGGCCUGCGCACGCUGACCGGCGCCCUGCUGGCCUUCCCCUCCGCCUCGGCCCGCCUGCCCACCUACCUGGCGCGCGCCGACUUCCUGUGCUCGCGGGCGUGCCUGGACGUGCUGCGGGCGCUGAACAAGCUCCUCCCCCCGCCGAGGGAGGGGGUCCCGGCGGAGCGCGUGGUCCCGGCCCCCAACACGCUGCUGCUCAACGCGCUGCUCUACGUGCAGUGCCACGCCCUGACCACCGGGGGGCUGGAGCCCGAGACCCUGGCCCUGUUCAGACACAUCUGCCAGGCGCUGGUCAACGCGUGGGACGAGGAGGAGUCCCGGAAGCGGCAGAGGGAGAAGGAGGAGACGAACCUGUACCGCAACCGCAGCCGCAUGCACGGAGACGGCCUCACGGAGGAGGAGCAGGAGGAGAAGGACUUCAGACGCAGCUUCCCCCGCUUCCACAAGGACUUUGCAGAUAUCACAUCGCAGCCCACCCUGGAAGCCCCCGCGGACACAGAAGAGGAGGAACAGGAGAUGGCCGACGACGAGGCGUCGGAUGACGACAUCCUGUCGCCGGUGGCCAUGAACACGGUGGUACAGGUGCACCAGCGCCUGUGUCUGGGCUUCGCUCAGUCGCUAUGGUACCAGAGCCCGCCGCCGGCCAAUCACAGCAAGGACCACAUCACGGCGCUGGUCUCCUCCCAUCAGAUCGCUGCCCCCGUGAUGUCACGCUUCUACCAUCUGAUAGACUCUGAGAUGGACCAGCAGGUCACCGGCAGUCAGCUGAUCCUGGGCUCGGUGCUGCAGCACUCGGUGCUGGGCUCGGAGGGUCCGGGCGGGCUGACGGUGCAGACGGACGGGCCCUACGACUUCUACCAGCAGCCCAACAUGAGCCAGGCCCGUGCCUGCCUGCCCGCCAUGGAGCAGCUCAGGACCGCCGUGCACCAGCGGCUGGAGGAGUGGCCCGAGCACCCGGCCCUGCUGCAGCUGCUGGUGGUGAUGGACAGGAUCCUGUCCUUCAGUCUGGCCAGCCCGCUGGCCAAGUUCCUCAACGGCAUGGAGAUCCUGCUCAGCAAAGCUCAGGACUGGGAGAACAACGCCAGCCGCGCCCUCUCCCUGAGGAAGGAGCUGGAGCUCGUCACCCAGAUCAUCAUCCAGUGGCGCAAGCUGGAGCUCAGCUGCUGGUCCAACAGCCUGGACAACGCCCUGCGGCGCCACACGGAGCGCUCCACCCGCCACUGGUUCUCCAUCUACCAGCUGAUGGAGCGGUACCUGGAGGAGCAGAGCAACCCGCUGGAGACAGAAGAGGGCGAUGGAGAGGAGGAAGUGGUGGAGCGUCUGACCCUGGCCUCCAUCACCUCGACCCUGCAGGCCUUCAUAGAGAGCUCCUCUCUGGGCCAGUUCUCCACCCGGCUGGCCAUGCUGCUCAGCUUCCACUGCCACCUGCUGCUGCUGCCCCAACAGCCCGGGAAAGAGCCGGUGACCAGCCUGCUGUGGAACCUCCACACCUACUACCUCCAGUUCUCCGGAGGCAUCCAGGCCAAGGUGGCCCACAUCAGGACGCCCAUCGAGAAGGAGCUGAAGGACUUUGUGAAGAUCUCCAGGUGGAACGACGUCAGCUUCUGGUCCAUCAAACAGUCUGUGGAGAAGACCCACAGGACUCUGUUCAAGUUUGUGAAGAAGCUGGAGGAGGCGCUGAGCGCGCCGUGUGCGCCCUCUCUGGUGGAGGAGGGGAGCGGCGCCCAGCUAGACAGCGUGGACGACAACCCCGAGCAGACGCCCAUCCAGCGCGUCCACCUGGCCCUGAAGAGCGCCCUCCCUGGCCGGGGCCGGGAACUGCAGACAGAGGCGCCGGAGGAGGAGGGGUCCUCGCUCCAAGCCCGCCUCCCCGUCCUCACCAGGAAGAUGAGGAAGAUGUGUGUCCAGCUGGUGAAGAAGAACCCGGUCCCGGAGCUCGCUGAAGACCUGGACAUCUUCACCGGUGAGAUCAUCAGCAACCUGCGCGACCUGCAGGGCCUGGUGGUGGACGCCUCGGCCGAGAAGGAGAAGCAGCAGUCGGAGGUGAAGCACAUCCUGCAGCAGAAGCAGAGGGCGCUGUCCGACCUCUUCAAGAUGCUCCGAGACAUAGGUCUGUCGUACCGUAAGGGUCUGACCUGGAGCCGCGCCGUGGGCCCCGAGAACACGCUGUGCAUGGCCCCCCUGGAGAUGAGCACUGUCCUCAACAAGGUCCUCAGCCCCGCCCACGCCCAGGGGCCGGCGGAGAAGACGCUGUUCUCGGAGCUGUCGUCUGCGUGGGACGGCUGUCAGACGUACUACUUCAGGUCAUGGGCCCGGAGGAGCGCUCUGCAGACCGCCCUGCAGACCGCCGCCAAGGAGCUGGGUCUGGGGAACAUGGACCGCUGUAAGGGAUUCUCCUCCCACCUCUUCAAGCUGCUGCUCAGGCAGAGAGGACGCCUGGCCUCCCUCACCCAACACUGGGUGACCAUAAGGAGGCUAACGGCUAGCAUCCAGGGCCUCCGCCAGAGCCUCCAGACCCCCCAGCCAGAGGCGGAGCAGCAGGUGGAGCAGGUGGAGGAGGUGGAGGCGGCGGCGUGCGGGCCCCUGCCGCCCCAGGAGCCCCUGGGGGCCUGGUUGCGGCGCGGGGGGGCCCUGGCCUCCCAGACCGGCCUGCUGCUGCAGCAGCUGCUCUGGCUGCUGCACUGCUGCCCGGAGGACCUCCAGAACACGGAGACCCCCGGCCUGGGCCCCCCCACGCCCCGCUGCCUCACCCCGCUGGCGGACCACCGGCAGCCCACCGGCUGCCUGAUGCGGCGGGGGGACGCGGCCUGGCUGAAGGCCAGCCACACCGUGGAGGAGCUGCUGGAGGAGACCCGCGGCCUGGGGGCGCAGCUGGACGGCGUGGAGCGGGAGACGGCGCCGGGAACGCUGCACAGCUGGUCCCACUUCGCGGCGGUCCGGUCCGGUCUGGAGCGUCUGGGCGCCGUGGCGACCCGGAUGGGUGAGGUGGAGCAGCUGUUCUCCCCGGCGGUGUGCGUGGGCGGAGCCGACAGCCGGCCCGCCAUCGCCCAGAGCCUCCGCUACCUGAGGGCGGAGCUAGACGACUGCGUGGGGGAGUGGACCGCCUGGAAGGGCCGGACGCUCGCCGCCCCGGGACCCGGGACCGCGGGUCCUGAGGCGGUCUUCAGCGCCGGGUUCUCCUCGGAGGUGGAGCAGACCAUCACCAGGAUCCUGUGUGCCGUCCAGGCUCUGGUGAAGAGGAGGGAGCAGCGCCAGGACAAACCCAAGGAGCCUAAGAGAGGGAGCGACGAAGAGGACGGAGACAAGGAGGAGGAGGAGGAGCCUCAAGAGGAUCUCCUGAAGGCCGGACACCUGACCCGCCUCCUGGAGGAGGACUUGUCUGCGGAGGUGGACGCCCUCUCCCUAGGGGGUGUCAGCGGGGACCUCAUCAGCCUGCUGGGCAGACUGAGGACCCAGCGGGACACCUGCCAGCCCCAGCAGCUCCAGGAGCUGAGCGAGGCCUGCGGGUCCCUGCUGCGUCUGGAGCCCAUGCUGGGGGUCUACUCGGACCUGGUCCGCUACUACGUGGCGGUGUCGCUGGGGGCCCACCGCAGCACCGGCAAGCUGCUCUCCGUCCUGGCUAGCAUCUUCACCGAGCUAGCCCAGAAGGGCUUCUGUCUGCCCCAGGAGCUGAUGGGGGGAGAGGGAGAAGGAUCCACAGACUUCCACGACUACGAGGGUGGAGGCAUCGGAGAGGGCGAGGGAGCCAAAGACGUUAGCGACAAGAUCGAGAAUGAAGACCAGGUCGAGGACACCUUCCAGGAGGGCCAGGAGAAGGAGGAGAAGCCGGAGGAGAAGGGAGACAUCAAGGCAGAGGACGACGCCAUCGAGAUGACGGACGACUUCGACGGCCAGAUGCACGACGGAGACGGGGAGGAGAAAGACGAUGAAGACGAUUCAGACAAGGAGGAGGAGGAGGAGCUGGAUAAGAAGAUGGGGGACCUGGGGGAGGGUCAGACCGAGACGCUGGACGAGAGGAUGUGGGGCGACGAGGAUGACGAGGAGGGCGACCAGGACGGGAGUGACAAAGAGGACGAGUUCGGCCAGGGAAUGGACCAGACGGAGUCUGAACUGGUGGCCAAAGACGACAACCAGGACGCGGCGGAGAACAAGAAGGAGAACCAGAAGAACGAGGAGCAGGAGGAGCAGAUGGACCAGGAGGAGAAGGAGAAGAUCCACGAACAAGGAGACGAGCGGGAGUUUGACGAGAACGAGGUGGACCCGUUCCACGGGAAGCAGGACAAGAAGCCGGAGCCUGAGGCCAUGGACCUCCCAGAAGAGCUGAACCUGGACCAGCAAGACCCCCAGGACGGGGACGAAGACGAGGAGGGAGACGAAGAGAACCCGCUAGACAUCGAGGAGCAGCCCAUGACCCUGGACGAGAAGGAGGGCGGGGACAAGGAGGGGGAGGAGGAGACGGACGACCAGCCCGACCAAUCAGCAGAGGAGAACGGCCAGGAGGCCAAGGCUGAGGAGGAGGAGGAGGGGAAGGAGGGAGGCGAGGAGAAAACGGACGAGGAGAAAGCAGACCAGGUCAAGAACGAAGAGGAAGAGGCGGCGGCGGAGGAGGAGAAGGAGAACGGGCAGGAGGCCGGGAAAGAGGAGGAUCUGGCCGUCCCCAACGACAGAGGACAGGACCCCAAGGAGAAGCCGGAGGAGGAGGAGGAGGGAGCGGACGACCAGGAGCAGCCGGAGUUUGAGGAGAGGAAGGAGCACAACGCCGACGGGCAGACCAGCGAGCAGAACGUCCAGAGCGAGACGGCGGUGGAGCUGGCCGGCGAGGCGUCGGAGCGCGACCAGGCCAAGGAGGAACAUGGGUGUGGGGCAGCCGACGCGAGCCAAUCAGAGGGACACCAGUCCAAACUCACUGCCCGGAUGGCGUCUCAGAAACGGACCCAAAACAAGACCCAGAGCUUCAAGAGGAAGCCGGGGCAGGCGGACAACGAGCGGUCGACGGGCGACGAGAACGAGCGCGUCAACAAGCGGCUGCGGACCGUGGAGAACUCUGAGGACCGCGCCGAGGACCGGCGGAACCCCGAGGCCCGGCAGGAGUCUGACCUGUACGAGCACGUCAAGCAGGGCGAGGCUGACUACGACACGCAGACCUACGACGUGGCGAGCGCCGAGCAGCAGAAACCCGCCGGCCCCCAGCAGGAGCAGGACCGCGAGGAGGAGGAGGACGUCGCCAUGGAUACGGACGAGCAGGAGGAGCAGCUGAAGGCCUCAGAGGACCAGGAGCUGAAGCCGGAGCAGCUGGACUCCACCAAGAGCUCCAAGAAGGGGCUGGACAGCGGGGAGGUGGAGCUGAAGAGGAGGCAGGAGGAGGAGGGAGAGGAGGAGAUGAAGGACGGGAGAGAUGAGGAGGAGGAGGAGCAGCGCGACCGCACCACUGAGUCCACCAUCCACACCGCCCCGGAGCUGCUGAUGGAGAUCACUGAGAAACGGCAGGAGGACCCCGAGGAGGUGCGAAGGGAGAUGGAGCUGCAGCUGGAGGCGUGGCAGCGACAGGCCCCGGGGCCCCAAGAAGAGGAGCGUGCGGCGGCCUCCAUGUGGCACCAGUACCAGACCCUGACCUCCGGUCUGGCCCAGCAGCUCUGUGAGCAGCUCCGCAUGAUCCUGGAGCCCACCCAGGCCGCCAAGCUCAAGGGGGACUACCGGACCGGUAAGCGUCUGAACAUGAGGAAGGUCAUCCCUUACAUCGCCAGUCAGUUCCGCAAGGACAAGAUCUGGCUGCGGAGGACCAAGCCCAGCAAGAGGGAGUACCAGAUCUGCCUGGCCAUCGACGACUCCUCCAGCAUGGUGGACAACCACUCCAAACAGCUGGCGUUCGAGUCGCUGUCGGUCAUCAUCAACGCUCUGACCCUGCUGGAGGUCGGCCAGGUGUCGGUGUGCAGCUUCGGGGAGACGGUGCAGCUCCUCCACCCGUUCCAGCAGCAGUUCAGCGACGAGUCCGGAGCCCGGAUCCUCCGGCUCUGCCAGUUCAAGCAGAAGAAGACCCGCAUCGCCCAGUUCCUGGAGAGUUCCGCCAAAAUGUUUGUGGGCGCCCGGCAACACGGCCCGGGAAUCACCAACUCAGAGACGGCCCAGCUGCUGAUCAUCGUGUCUGACGGGCGCGGCCUCUUCCUGGAGGGGAAGGAACGGGUGACCAGCGCCGUGCAGGCUGCCCGCGGGGCCAACGUCUUCGUCAUCUUCGUCGUGCUCGACAACCCCAACUCCAGGGACUCCAUCCUGGACAUCAAGGUGCCCAUCUUCCAGGGCCCGGGGGAGCUGCCGGAGAUCCGCUCCUACAUGGAGGAGUUCCCCUUCCCCUUCUACGUCAUCCUCCGGGACGUCAACGCGCUGCCCGAGACGCUCAGCGACGCGCUGCGCCAGUGGUUCGAGCUCGUCACCGCCACCGACCAGUAGACCAAUCAGAAGGCAGAGGGAGGAGCCGGGAGGGGCGGGAAAACCAACUGCACAACCGUCCCCGGACGACAAACUACCGACAAAUAACACGGACGCAGACGAAACGAGAGGGACUCUGGGCUCGGGAAAAAGACGGAUUUACCGCUGUACAUGUGCCUUUAUUUUUUAUUAUAAUUUUGACUGAUACUAUUAGACCGUAGAGUUUGUUAGCGACCUUUGCUGUGCUGUCCUUGUCUUCGGGGGAAAUCCCGAAGUUUCUUUUGUAGAAAAAGAAAAGAGAAAAAAAAGCCAGGAUUGCUUGAACUUGCACGUCCCGAUGAAACGAGGGAGACGUCGGUUCACCGGCGUGUGUCUGUGAAUACCUCCGUUCCUCUUGUACCAUGACCCCCCCCCAUACCCACCAUGACCCCCCCCCCGUACCCCCGCCGCCAGCGGUGUGGACCAGUCAGUGUUAGCGCCGCCAUCGAGCCACUCCCCCUCAUCCUGAACAGCUGGCGUACGGCCGGCAGUGAGCGUGGUUUUAAACGUCGGAGGCAGGCGGUAAGGUGUCGAGAAAGGUAGCAUGUUAAUAUCGGGUCUUCACGGACCAACAGGAACUCUGAAACGGCGUGCCUUCGCAAAAAGGAACCCCGUCCCACCAACUGUCCACGCACAUUGAUCUGUGGAGUUCAGCAUUUUUAGAAAGGCGGUUCUGAUGCACUUUGAAGCACAGGGGCGCGGACUUCACUUUUGAUAUGAACUCUUUAACCGGUUUUGGGCGGUGGUUUUAGCUCCACAUAUCUGCCGUUGCCGUCGGACGACCGACCGGUGUGAGACUCCGGUACGACGGCUCGGAGUUCCCCGCCGUCGUCGGUUUGGUUAAAAUGUGUUUUCAGUGUGCGUUGAGAAAUGUUUGAUCACACAUGUGUUUGGUAACGUGGACAUUACAUGUAUGGAUAUGUCUGUUAUAUUUAUCAGGUCGUUUCUUCAUGCCCACCCAACUAAUAAACCAUGCCAUGGCACGUUUGAUCGUGAAAAUA